AUCGACGGGGUCGCAGGAGUCGCGGGGCACGGCGCGUCGACCCUGCUUCCGUGUUCCUUCCUUAACACUCGAUGUUUCAAAGAGGAUUUUGCCACACGCCGGCGGGCGGCCGGCGCCAGGGGGAGUGGACGAUUACGGUCAAGCCGUGGAAAAAACGAGCGAAAUCCGGCGUCAAGCGCGGGUGGAUCAACGCCGCCUCGAGGAGAUCUCACGGGUGGAGAUUUUUCGUUCAAAUUUUUGGAAAGAACUGGCGCGACUAUUGCGACAACUCGAGCCUCGUUGGCUUCCAAUAUCUCGUUGAACCGCACAGAUCUCGGAUCGAGAGGGCAAUCUGGAUAAUUCUUCAAGCGAUGACGUUUUCUAUGCUCGGCUUCCUCGUCCACGAUGCUUACAUGGAAUACAUCGAUGUGCCGGUCGUCACGGUCGUUGAUUCGGACAAUUAUCCUUCGGACCAGCUCGAAUUUCCAGGAAUUGCUAUUUGCAACAUCAACAGAAUAAGUCGAAAAGCUGCUGUGGAGUUCGUCCACGAGAUUAUGGACUCGUUCGCAACGAACAUGACGUUUUCUGAGGUUUUGAACCUCGUUCGUCAACUCGGAUCGCUUUACGACAGUACCGUUCGAGCGAACACCACUGCAGAGAAGCAGCUGGAUCAACUUCUCAUGGGAUAUUUCAACGGCGGUUACGACGUGACGGGAAUUAUGAGACGCUUAUCACCGAACUGCAUCGACGGUUUCUUGUAUUGUGGCUUCCACGGGUCGCCAAGAAAUUGCUCGGAAAUUUUCGUCUUCCGCAAGACUCAGGAUGGUUUUUGUUGCACUUUUAAUUAUGCCCGGGAAUCGGACGAUUUGUCGAGCAGCAUCGAUGACGCGAAGGCGGCGAUUCCACUUAAGCCUCAUUUCAUAAAAAAGUUGGGACUCAACAGUGGACUGACCCUGUUGAUGGAGCCUUCUCUGGACGACUAUUUUUAUCCGACCCUCCCAGUGGUGGGAUGGAAGUUGACGGUCUUCAACGCUUACGAUUAUCCGGACGACGCGAGCGGAUCGGUUUCCGAAGCCCUCCUCACACCAGCCACAGAGUCUUACGUCCAAUUGGAAGUUUCUUCGUUCUACAGCACCGCUGCCAUCCGGAGCGUUUCGGCGGACAAACGGAAGUGCCUUUUCCAGGAUGAGCUUCCGGUCAUGUACGCUGGUUACACGUACAGCGAUUGUCUCGUCGAUUGUCGCGCUGCCGUUACAUGGGAUACAUGCAAAUGCAGACCUUUUUAUCUGCCAAGACGUGGUAACGAUCAAUACUCUCGCAAGGUGUGCAGUGCCAUGGACUCCGAGUGCUUAGGAUCGUACAAAGAAAUAUAUUCGAGUGUCCUGUCACACAAAGUCGAGGCUCAAUCGAAGACGGAGAGCGCAUACACGAUGAAUCCGGAGACCGCGAAGCUCUGUGGAAAUUGUUAUCCGGCUUGUAACGACGUUCGUUAUUACAUUCACACUUCGGAGGCGUACUUCGAAGGGGAUGAAUUCUACGACGAAAGAACGAUGGAAAGCCUGCACCUGCGGAAUCGGAGCUUUAUUCACAUUUAUUUUUCGAAGCUCGGAAGCGUGAGAUUGAGACAGGAAGCUGCGUAUUACUGGUACGAACUUCUCAGCAAUAUCGGCGGAAUCUGCGGCUCCUUUAUCGGCUUUAGUCUGAUAAGCGUCGUGGAAUUCUUAUACUUCACGCUCUGUAUGAUUCACGAAUUUUGUCGCGGCAAGAGGGAAACUAUGACGAUGGAAAAUACAGCUCGUACCGCCGAGGGAACAACCUGCACAAAGUGGAGAAAGAGAGGAAACGCGAAACACUUGGCUGGAACUCUUUAUUGGAAUGAAUUCUUGCCUCAUGGGAUUGUGACUGUGCAGAAUGGGAAGGUUCACCGAUUGCAGCUACGAAAAUACUGAUUUUUACUGCAAAUUCGCUGAUCUUCGUUCGCUUAAAUAUUUCGCUUUCGGACGAUUCUUCCUCGGAAAAGAAACCCAAUUUUUCGGGAGAACGAACAUUCGUUUGGAACGAAAAUCCUGCAAACUCCAAUUUUUUAUAUUCAUUGGUAUUUAGAUGAGAAUUCUUCUCACAGAAAAUAACAAGAUUUCGAGAAUAACGAACUCUUUUCUUGUCGAAAUACACUAAAAAUUUACAUCCCUAGAAUUUAUUGGAGACACCAAUUUCAUGGGCAAAUAAUUAUUUUCAGCUCUCGACUAUCCAAAUUGUAUAAUACACAAGAUUUUUCAAGUUUGCAAUUACUUUUUUCAUACGAAAAUAUCCGAACAAGUUCUUCCGAGAGUCCUCGCUCCUUCGAGACUCUCGAAUUUCAACAAACUCGAUGAAAACGUGCACGUUUUUUUGUGUGCUCGAAAUAUUUACAUUUUCAUGUACUUGCGAGGCGUGGAUGCGGCAUUCAAUAAACGAAACCCACGACCAAAACUUACGAGAUAAAUAUUUUUCCCCUUUUACGACUGCACGCCCUUCCGGGCUGCUUAUUCAGUGAAUUUCUCGAUUAAGAAUCUUUCUCGACUUUCCAAACAUUUAUUCACAUCAAUGACGAAGACUGAUGCGAGUUUAAGGCCUUACAUACACUUGUAGCGGGCGAAAAAACGUGGUUUUCUUCAUUUUUUUCCGACAAGAAAAGAAACUGUGAACGACAUUCAUUAGUACAUAU